CUCUCUCUCUCUCUCUCUCUGCAAAUCCAAUUUCCUCUCUCUAAAAUCCCAACUUUCUAUAAUCUCUCUCUCUCUCUCUCUCCGUUUCAAAUCUCGUGAAUUUAAAGACGCAUUGUCCGUUACAGGGAGCCCUAGUUUCUCGAAAGGACUCGCGCACUGGUUUUUCUGUCCUCUCUGUUUUGGUGAGAACACAUUCAUGCAUAUAUAGGGGAGAGAGAGCAGAGUGGGGAGUGGUGCGGAGGAGAGAGAGAGAGAGAGGGGGAGAGAGAGAGUGGUGGUGGUGCCACAGAGGGAUUGCUGUAUGUCAGUAGAUUGCACUCGCUACUGCGGUGGAUUUGGUGAGAUUGCUAACCCCCUACAAUGGCCCCAGCUCCGAAAACGGCGCCGCCUUGUUGCGAUUCUUCCGCCCCCGUCGUCCCUCGCGCUGCUUCGGCCGCCGUGCCCGCGGAGGCGGAGGUGGUGGUGGUGCAGGAUUGGAAGGCCGGCGAUCGGCGCGCCAAGGAUCAGCCGAAGAAACAAGCUGCCGUGGCGCCCUUGAUUCGCGCUGAACCUUCCGCGAAUGCGCCCGCCAAAGGGGUCCAGACCAUGCUAAGGGCUCAAAGCAGCCAUCCUUUGGACCCAUUAUCUGCUGCUGAAAUUGCUGUGGCUGUGGCAACUGUGAGGGCAGCUGGAGCCACACCUGAGGUCAGAGAUAGCAUGCGAUUUGUUGAAGUGGUUCUGUUGGAACCAGAGAAGCAUGUUGUUGCUUUGGCUGAUGCAUAUUUCUUUCCCCCUUUCCAACCAUCAUUACUGCCCAGGAUCAAAGGCGGGCCUAUAAUUCCUAGUAAGCUCCCUCCAAGGCGAGCUAGACUGAUCGUUUACAACAAAAAAUCAAACGAGACAAGCAUAUGGAUAGUUGAACUGACGGAAGUACAUGCAACAACUCGAGGCGGACAUCACAGGGGGAAAGUAGCUUCUACUGAAGUUGUUCGAGAUGUUCAGCCUCCAAUGGAUGCCGAAGAAUAUGCUGAAUGUGAAGCUGUUGUGAAAGAUUAUCCUCCGUUUCGAGAGUCAAUGAAGAAGAGAGGUGUUGAGGAUAUGGAUCUUUUAAUGGUUGAUGCCUGGUGUGUUGGUUAUCAUAGUAAUGCAGAUGCUCCUAGCCGCAGACUUGCCAAACCACUUAUAUUUUGUAGAACAGAAAGUGACUGUCCAAUGGAAAAUGGUUAUGCACGUCCAGUUGAAGGCAUUCAUGUACUUGUGGAUAUGCAAAACAUGGUGGUGAUAGAGUUUGAAGACCGCAAAUUUGUCCCCUUACCCCCAGCUGAUCCAUUGAGGAACUAUACUCCUGGUGAAACAAGAGCUGGGGUUGAUAGAAGUGACGUAAAGCCCCUACAUAUCAUUCAGCCGGAGGGUCCAAGCUUUCGUGUUAAUGGUCAUUAUGUGGAGUGGCAGAAGUGGAAUUUUCGAAUUGGUUUCACUCCUAGAGAGGGUUUGGUUAUACAUUCUAUCGCAUAUGUCGAUGGUAGUCGAGGUCGAAGACCUGUUGCACAUAGGUUGAGUUUUGUGGAAAUGGUUGUGCCUUAUGGAGAUCCAAAUGAACCACAUUACAGGAAGAAUGCAUUUGAUGCAGGAGAAGAUGGCCUAGGAAAAAAUGCGCACUCCCUUAAGAAGGGAUGUGACUGUUUAGGAUAUAUCAAGUACUUUGAUGCCCAUUUCACAAAUUUUACUGGAGGUGUCGAAACAACUGAAAAUUGUGUUUGUUUGCACGAAGAGGAUUGUGGAAUCCUUUGGAAACACCAAGACUGGAGAACUGGCUUAGCAGAAGGUCGGAGGUGUAGGAGGCUGACAGUUUCAUUUAUAUGUACCGUGGCAAAUUAUGAGUAUGGAUUCUUCUGGCACUUCUAUCAGGAUGGAAAAAUUGAAGCUGAAGUGAAACUCACUGGAAUUCUCAGCUUAGGAGCACUGCAGCCUGGAGAAACUCGAAAAUAUGGUACAAUGAUUGCUCCAGGGUUGUAUGCACCAGUUCAUCAGCACUUCUUCGUUGCUCGCAUGGAUAUGGCUGUCGAUUGCAAGCCAGGAGAAGCAUACAAUCAGGUUGUUGAGGUGAAUGUUAAAGUUGAAGAACCUGGGAAGAAUAAUAUUCACAACAAUGCAUUCUAUGCCGAAGAGACAUUGCUUAGAUCAGAACUGCAAGCGAUACGUGAUUGUAACCCAUUGUCUGGUCGCCACUGGAUUGUGAGGAAUACAAGAACCGUCAACAGGACUGGGCAGCUUACUGGCUACAAAUUGAUACCUGGUUCAAACUGUUUGCCAUUAGCUGGUCCUGAAGCCAAGUUUUUGAGAAGGGCUGCUUUCUUGAAGCAUAAUCUGUGGGUUACGCAAUAUGCACGUGGGGAAGAUUUUCCUGGAGGAGAGUUUCCUAAUCAGAACCCUCGUGUUGGUGAGGGUUUGGCUACAUGGGUUAAACAAAACCGAUCUCUGGAAGAAACUGACAUCGUUCUCUGGUACGUAUUUGGAAUCACCCAUGUUCCUCGGUUGGAGGACUGGCCUGUUAUGCCAGUGGAGCACAUUGGUUUUAUGCUUCAGCCUCAUGGGUUCUUCAACUGCUCUCCGGCAGUCGAUGUCCCUCCCAGUGCAUGUGAAUUGGAUGCCAAAGAAGGUGACAAAGAUAGUGCCGUAGUGAAGCCAAUUCCAAAUGGGUUAGUGGCAAAGCUUUGAAGGGCGGGUUGUUGCUUCCAGAUGAAGGCUAUGUUUGGGAGCUCCUUGGGUUUUUAAGUGGUUCUUUUGUUCAUAAUCUGGACAUUCCUAGACAUUUUCUGUCUGAUUUGGAACUAUCUUUGGUGGUUGGAUUCGCUUUUGUCUUUGUAUUUGGGACUUUCGAUGGUGAUUAGUUCUUAACUAUGUUGGUGUCCGCCAUUGCCCGUUGUAUAUGAAAAAGGUGUCUGGACAGUAUGAAUGAACUCUGUUUUCGUGUUUA